CAGCCAACUAAUAGUAACCACAUACCUACCAAGUAAAGUAACAAACGAAUGAAAAGAGGAGAACUUGAAGCAGAUAGGAAACCAAAAGGAUCCCGUUAUAGAGAAACAGGAGAUGCACAGCAAGCGCACGAACAGCGAUGAAGAGGUGUAUCUUUACUCCCCAGAGUUCGUCUACAAGUACGUCAGCAGCAACGGCAUUGCUCUGAUACAGCUGAUGGCAUAUAUCAGCUCCUGCUGCAAUCCGAUUAUCUAUUGUUUUAUGAAUAGCAGCUUCCGUCAGGCCUUUCGCAACAUUUUCGGCUGCUACAGACAACGCGGAAUUCAUACCCGGACAUGCACGGAUUGAUGAGGACUCAUGUUCUUCGAUCACCAAACGCAGAAUUGAUUGCUGCACAGCCAGACAAAUUUCGAUGUCGUCGUAAUGGUUUUCGUCACAACUCAC